UCAGACUCGGUCCCCCCCCAAGCGCUAUGUGGGGCUUCGGUGGUUGUUCUGUCAGGUGUUUUUGGGGGAGUUUCUGCUAGUUCCGCCCGUUUCUACUCGUUUCUGCUCUCUGGAAGCUUUUAGUGCCUCGAACCUGCUGCCAGGACCAGCUUUCACUUUCGAUGGACUUCCCGGUGGAGGCCACGCUCCAUCUGAGCUGUUUCCCGGAUCCGGCGGCGGCGCUCGGCGUCCUGAGGUCACGCGGCUUUGAGCUGACGGAGCUGGGCGGCGGGCGGGUCCGGGUCAAAGGUCACUUCCUGCGCCUCAGAGACGCCAGGCCUCGCCUGGAGGAGCUGAGCGGGUCCGCGUCCUUAGCCCCGCCUCCUUUGACCCCGCCCCCUUCUAUGUCCGAUGGCGUGCUGCUGGUGGACGCAGACGUGUUCAGCUACGCUCAGCGGCUCAGGGCGCCGCAACUGGACGCCAUCCAGAGCCAACAUGGCGUCCGGCUGAAGGCGGAGCCUGGCGGCGAAAGCGCCCGCGUCUGGCUGAGGGGGCGGGGCUCCGGGCCGGCGCUCCGCCAGCUGCAAAGCCUGCUGGGAGAUCUGAGCCAAUCGCUGCGCACGCAGGACGUGGCUCUUAGCGAGCUGAGCCCCGCCGGGGCGGCGCUCCUGGGCCGGAUCCGGAGGGAUGGCGGCGCCGAGGGCCCGGUUCUGGUGACCCAGCGGGGGGGCGGCGUCCGGUUGGUGGGCCCGUCCAGGGAGAGCUACGAGCUGAAGCAGCGGCUGCUGGAGGCCAAGUCCGGCCAAUCAGCACGCAGGGGGCGGAGCAGCUCGCUGCCGCCCGGCAGGAGGGCCGGCGGCGGCGUUGCCGAUGGCGGCGGCGCUGUGAGGAGGCGGAGCCUCUCUCAAGACAGAGAGGUCCAGAGGGAUCGGCGGCCCAAAGGAGGCUGGAAGCUGCUGCGCCAGAUCCUGAAGUUCAGCCCCAAACGACUGAAGAUGAAGCGAAAGCGGAAAGAGUGAAGCUGCCUCUUCACUUCCUGCUUCCUCUGCAGACAGGAAGCAGGAAGUGCUGGCCUGGAGGGGCCGGCCAAUCAGAACUCAGGUCCACAAACAGACCUCCAACCGCUCGGUGAAGCUGCCAUUAAAUGAGAGCUCUGUCCAACCUGUGAGUCCUCUUUAAUGAGUCCAGCAUCCUGGAGGGGAAGCCCAGGGGUCAGGGGUCAGGGGUCAAGG